GCAACUGCCAGCGCUAUGCUUGACAUUCCGUGCAGUGCCUACCUGUCAUCUUUGUUGACAAGAAGACUUUACAAAAUUACAAAACCAGCGAUAAGAACAUGAGGCUGGUCAGCAGAAAUUUUGAUAAAGGCGCACAGGGCUCCGUUACCCUGAUAGCGGAAGAGCCCGAAGAUAUGUGGCACACAUACAAUCUGAUUGCCGAGGGCGAUCAAGUGCGCAGCACAACCAUACGAAAAGUGCAAAAUGAGUCAGCGACAGGCUCCUCGACGAGCAAUCGUGUACGCACCACACUAACAAUAAGUGUUGAGUCCAUAGACUUCGAUACACAAGCAUGCAUGCUGCGCUUAAAGGGACGUAACAUCGAAGAGAACCAAUACGUCAAGAUGGGCGCCUAUCACACACUCGAUUUGGAGUUGAAUCGAAAAUUUGAACUGCGCAAAGCCGAAUGGGACACAAUAGCGCUGGAACGCAUUGAAAUGGCAUGUGACCCCACACAAUCGUCCGACUUGGCGGCGAUUGUGAUGCAAGAGGGUCUCGCCUAUGUAUGUCUGAUUACCGCUAGCAUGACAUUGGUGCGCAGCAAAAUCGAGGUGUCGAUACCGCGCAAGCGCAAAGGUCACACGCAACAGCACGAGAAGGGACUGGUAAAGUUUUACGAGAGUGUCAUGCAAGGCAUAUUGAGACAUGUGAAUUUCGACAUAGUCAAGUGUGUACUGAUCGCCUCGCCGGGCUUUGUACGUGAUCAGUUCUUCGAAUAUAUGUUUCAGCAGGCGGUGAAAGCUGACAUCAAACUACUGCUGGACAAUAAGAGCAAGUUCAUACUUGUACGCUCGUCGUCGGGCUUCAAGCAAGCACUCAAAGAGGUGCUGCAAGAUCCCAGCGUUAUGGUAAAAAUAUCCGAUACCAAAGCCGUUAGAGAAGUUAAAAUACUGGAGCAAUUCUAUAAUAUAUUACAUUGUGAGCCCGCUCGUGCAUUCUACGGCAAGAAGCAUGUGUUGGAAGCGGCCAAAGCGAUGGCGAUAGAAACCCUACUCAUAUCGGAUAAUCUAUUCCGCUGUCAAGAUGUGAAUCAACGAAAAGAAUAUGUAAAUUUAGUUGAAUCCGUACGUGAUGCCGGUGGCGAGGUGAAGAUAUUCUCCAGCAUGCAUAUAUCGGGAGAACAACUCGCCAAUCUGACUGGCAUAGCGGCCAUUCUGCGCUUCCCCAUGCCUGAACUUGACGACGAAGAUGACGAUGAUGAUGACUCUGCUGACUCAGAAUAAGUUUUAUGCGUAGCUUAAGUGGCUUUUAAGCAUUAUAUGUUACAAAUUUAGUAGUUAUUAGUAAUUUAAACCACGAAAACAUUUCGACAAAUAAUAAAUUUUACUAAUUAAUGUAUAUAAGAAUAAUCCAUUGGGUAGUCAACAAUAUCUCUUAAGUUGUUCGUGUAUAGUGAAGAUUAUUUUUUAUUAAAUUAAAAAUGUAUGGCUGUUCCACUGAUACGCCAACCGAUUUUCUUACUAUUUAAAUAAAAUAAUUCCUCUGUUAGAAAACCCUUUCAAUUUCUCGA